AUGGUGCUCCAUAAUGAUGGAAAAAAUGUAUUUUCAGAGUUAGGAUUUAGUAAUUGGAAGAAAGUAAACAAUGGAGUGAAUUGUGCAUUUGUAUGUCACGAGGGUUCUAUUCCUAAUUCUCCCCAUAAUUUAUGUGUGAAAUCUUGUGUUGAUUUAAUGGCUCAUUCUAAGCAUAUAGACAAAGUUCUUGAUAGGCAUAGUGAUGAAACUGUUGUAAAUAACCGCUUGAGGGGACAAGGGUAUGAUGGAGCUAGUAAUAUGCGUGGUGAAUGGAAUGGAUUGCAAGCUCUAUUUUUGAAAGGUUACCCUUUUGCUUAUUACAUUCAUUGUCUUGCUCAUCGAUUACAAUUAGCACUUGUUUCUGUAGCCAAAGAAGUUUGUUAUGUUCAUCAAUUCUUUUCAAAACUUACCUUAAUUGUGAAUGUUGUGACUGUUUCUCCUAAACGUCAUGAUCAGUUAAGGGUUGCUCAAACAAAUAAUGUUGCAAACUUAAUUGCCAAUGAUCAAAUUGUGACAGGUAGUGGACUUAAUCAAAUUGGUACUUUGCAAAGAGCUGGAGAUACUAGAUGGGGGUCUCAUUUGAAUUCGGCAUGUAGCUUGCUAUGCAUGUUUGAUGCUACUUGUGAAGUUCUUGAAAAAAGCAUUGAAGAAGGUAAUUACUCCACUCGUGGUGAUGCUAGUGCUGCUUAUGAUGCUAUCACAUCCUUUGAAUUUGUCUUUGUCUUACAUUUGAUGAGAAAUAUUUUGGAAGUUAGUCAUGAUCUUUGUCAAGCUUUACAACAAAAAAAUCAAGACAUAUUGAAUGCUUUAACUCUGGUUUCUACUACCAAGACUUUAAUCCAACGAAUGAGAGAAUCAAGUUGGGAGGCUUUCAUAAAAGAAGUUGUAUUAUUUUGUGAGAAACAUGAAGUUGAAGUUCCUUAUAUGAAUGCAUUGCAUAUUGCUAGAAGAGGCCGAACUCGGAAAAUUGUUGACCAAAUUUCAGUGGAGCAUCAUUACCAUGUUAAUUUAUUUCUAGCUAUAAUUGAUACACAGUUGCAAGAGCUUAAUGGAAGAUUCAAUGAUAAUAUAGUCGAAUUGCUUACUUUAAGUUCAACUUUAGAUCUCAGAGAAAAUUAUAAGCUCUUCAGUGUCAACAAAAGUAUGUGA